AUGGACUGGACGAUCAGUAGUCGGGCCCUGGUGUGGUGCAUUUUGGCAUUUCUUUGCUGCUGUGGAUUCCUUCAAAAGGACUGCUUUUGCAGUGCCAGCACAGUGUCCCUUCCUGAGAGUCUGCUCUUUGUAUCUACCCUGGAUGGAAACCUCCAUGCUGUUAGUAAGAAGUCGGGCUCUAUCAAGUGGACUCUAAAAGAAGAUCCAGUUCUUCAGGUCCCCACGCAUGUUGCAGAGCCUGCCUUCUUGCCUGACCCAAAUGACGGCAGCUUGUAUUCACUCGGAGGAAAGAACAACAAAGGUCUCACUAAAUUGCCUUUCACUAUUCCUGAGUUAGUCCAAGCCUCUCCAUGUCGCAGUUCAGAUGGAAUUCUUUAUAUGGGUAAAAAGCAGGACCUGUGGUAUGUGGUGGAUCUUUUGACUGGUGAAAAGCAGCAGACCCUCACUUCCUCCUUUGCCGAGAUGCUUUGUCCAUCAUCGUCUUUGCUCUACUUUGGGCGGACAGAGUAUACAAUUACCAUGUAUGACACCAAAAGCAGAGAGCUGCGCUGGAAUGCCACAUACUCUGAUUAUGCAUCAACUCUUCCUGAUGAUGACACAAAGUACAAAAUGGCCCAUUUUGUGUCAAACGGCGAUGGCCUUGUGGUCACUGUGGACAGUGAUACAGGAGAUGUCCAGUGGGUGCAGAACUACAACUCACCAGUAGUUGCCAUGUACAUCUGGCAACGCGAGGGACUUCGGAAAGUGCCCCACACAAAUGUAGCCGUAGAAACGCUGCGUUAUCUCACCUUCAUGUCAGGAGAUGUUGGACGUAUCACUCAAUGGAAGUACCCCUUUCCCAAAGAGGAGAAGCCUAAGAACAAAUUUAUGGCCACAUUAUAUGUGGGCAAAUAUUCCACCAGUCUCUAUGCCUCUCCCUCUCUGGUUCAUGACGGUGUGACUGUGGUGCCUCGUGGCAGCACCUUUCCCAUGCUGGAGGGACCAGACAGCCAGGAAUCUGAGGAGGACAAAGAAUGUGUCAUCACACCAAGCACCAGCGUCAAGUUUAACGCUGCACUUCGCGAGCGAAAUCGUAUGAACAGAAUGAGAAACUAUCUACUUCUGAUCGGUCACCAUGAGACCCCUCCCGAAGCUCACCACAAAAUUCUAGAAAAAUUUCCUGACAACUUCCCUCGCAAUCAAGGCAAUGUCAUCCCACCUAAAACUGACAAGAAAUUAGAUGAGAAGGUGAAUGAAAGUGGAGUGAAUGAUCGUAUCCCUCCAUCUCCACCACCUGAAACUUCAAUACAAGAACCUGGAGCAAGUGGCCGUUCUGUGAAGCCUGAGGCCCCAGUGGACUCCAUGCUCAAAGAUAUGGCUACAAUUAUCUUUUCCACCUUCCUCUUGGCAGGCUGGUUGGCCUUUGUCAUUACCUACCCAAAAAGUGUGCAGAAGCAGCAGCAGCUUCAGCACCAGGAGUUUCAGAGGCAGAUGGAGGAGAGACUGGAGCUGCUCCAGAGGCAGCAGCCUUUCCCUGCCUCGGACCUGGGACUGACCCUUAGUCCAGACAGCGACUAUCUGGACGUGGCCCAUCUUCGCUUGGAGAGCUCCGACCACAGCAGCCCCAACGUCACGCCCCGAGCCUCCAACCACUCCAACAUUUCCAUGUCUGAAAUGGGAAGCUCUGCUAAUGAACAUGACGAUGGAGAAGAAACAUGCAUGGUAAGAGUGGGCAACAUAAUCUUCCGUCCUAAAGAGGUCCUCGGUCACGGUGCAGAAGGAACUAUUGUGUACAGGGGUCAGUUUGACAAUAGACCAGUAGCGGUGAAGAGAAUCCUGCCAGAGUGCUUUAGCUUUGCAGACCGAGAGGUUCAGCUGCUCAGGGAGUCUGAUGAGCAUCCAAAUGUGAUCCGCUACUUCUGCACGGAGCGAGAUCGGCAGUUCCAGUAUAUCGCCAUCGAACUGUGUGCUGCUUCUCUCCAAGAGUAUGUGGAGAAAAAAGGCUUUGAUCGUCAUGGACUUGAACCGGUCAUGCUCCUUCAACAGACAAUGUCAGGACUUGCUCACCUUCACUCUCUCAACAUAGUCCACAGAGAUUUGAAGCCUCACAAUAUUUUAGUUUCAAUGCCCAACGCUCAUGGGCGCGCCAAGGCCAUGAUCUCAGACUUUGGCUUGUGUAAAAAGCUGGCCGUGGGGCGACACAGCUUCAGCAGAAGGUCUGGGGUCCCUGGCACAGAGGGAUGGAUCGCACCUGAAGUUCUCAGUGAGGAUUGCACAGAUAACCCUACCUGUGCGGUGGAUAUAUUCUCUGCUGGCUGUGUCUUUUAUUAUGUCGUAUCCCAAGGCAGCCAUCCUUUUGGUAAAUCUAUACAGAGACAAGCUAACAUUCUAUUUGGUAAAUACAGUCUGGAGCAUCUCCAAAUUGACAAACAUGAGGACAUUGUAGCCAGAGAUCUAAUUGAUCAAAUGUUGAGUAUGGAGCCCACGAAGCGGCCCUCUGCAGAGUGCAUCCUCAAGCACCCCUUUUUUUGGACCUUAGAGAAGGAGUUGCAGUUCUUCCAGGAUGUGAGCGAUAGAAUUGAGAAGGAGCCGUUGGAUGGACCAAUUGUUAGACAUUUAGAAAGAGGAGGGAGGGCUGUUGUCAAAGGCGACUGGAGAGAGCACAUUACUGUACCACUGCAAACAGAUUUGCGAAAAUUUCGAUCCUAUAAAGGUGGUUCUGUUCGAGACCUUCUGCGUGCAAUGAGAAAUAAGAAACAUCACUACAGAGAACUGCCCGCUGAUGUCCAAGAGACGCUUGGAUCCAUCCCCGAUGACUUUGUGUCAUACUUCACAUCUCCAAACACCAGCAGAAACGUCAACAGUAGAAGAGCCAUCACAACCACCAUCACAACCACCAUCACAACCACCAUCACCAUCAUCACAACCAUCUCAACUACAAUCCCCACCAUCACAACCCCCACCGCCAUCAUCACAACUCCCACCCACACCAACACAACCACCAUCACAACCCACACCAACACAACCACAGUCCUGUGA